CACUCUAUAUUCUUCAUCUCUUCACUCGCCACUGGAAGAGGAGAGCAAGAAAAAGGAGAGAAAACCCCACCCUACACAAUCUACUGCUUGGAUUGAUCUCCACUGAGUGUGUGUGUGAGAGAGAGAGCAAGAGCAUCAAGCAAGAUCUUUCCUGUUGAAAAGGAGAUGCCACAUUUGCCUUCACUGGGCAUCUUGCAUUCAAUUCUGUAGCUUCUGUAGCUCUUAUUUCUCUCUUUUUCGUUUGGCUGUGAGUCUCAUGGCCUGGGCAUUGUUUGUGUUCUACCAAGCAUUCUUCUGGGGCUGGGAAGCAGCACUCUCUUCCAGCAUCUGUCUCUAGCUUUUUGCAGCACUUGCCCAUACUGGCCUGUGUUGGGGGUCCCAUUGGUUUGUGCUCAAAUCUUUGAGGGAAAAGGGUUUUUGGAAUUGUAUAUGGUGUGCAUUGUGUGAGUGUGUGUGGCUCUGUGUGAGGGGGUGUGUGUGUGUGUUUGUGCGAGUGUGGGUGUGUGUGUGUGUCUGUGUGAUAUUUUCCAAUUCUUCUUCUCUUUGUCCCUCUGUUUCUGGUGUUUUUUUCUGCUACCACCACCACCAAUAGCUCUGAUUGAUUGCUCUGCUGAUUUAUUGCUUUCUGCGCACAAGAAAACAACAAAGUUGCAAGCGGCGAGGAGGCGGAGCCAAGACAAACCAGAAGGAGGAGAGAAAAGGGAGGAAGAACUUUGGCAAGAAUCAAGCAAGAAAAGGAAGGAGGAAAGGCUUUCCUUUUCCCUUAAAGGCAGUCCUCUCGAUCUAUUCCUUUUCUCCUUUGGUAAGCCCUCAAGAUCGUCAUCACCACGGGCAGUUCAGCCAUGUGCAAGUCGAGUGAUCAUCUCCCUGAUUCCGCCACCGUCACCACCACCACCACCACGGCUACCGGCGCCGCCGUCGCCGCCGCCCCCGAGUCCAGCAUCGCCGCUCGAAUGGCUCCUUCAUCCGACAGCAACAAUAACGCCACUGUCGCCAACAGCGACCACCAGCGCUUUGCGGAGCUGCCAAGGUUGAUCAUGAGCCACAGUGUUGUGGACAUGCCCCUGCUGGAGCAGGAGCAGCACAAGAUCGGCGCCAAGAACAGCAGCCUCAGCAACGCUGCCGGCGCGGAUCAAUUCGGGCAGACAAUGCGGCAGCCGAAUGUCCCCUCCUCCAAGCUUGACCCUGACAGCACCAAGCAGCACCAAAUCUCGGGAUUCUUCGCCCACGACUUCGACGGCUACUCGCAGUGGCCCACACCGGCAGAGGUUGCCCGCGAGCUGAAGCAGAUGGGAUCCAUCGCCUGCCCCACCGUCGUCACCGGCAUCCUCGUCUACCUCCGCUCGCUCAUCUCGAUGCUCUUCCUGGGCCACCUGGGCGAGCUGGAGCUGGCGGGCGGAUCGCUCGCCAUCGGCUUCGCCAACAUCACAGGCUACUCGGUUCUGUCAGGCCUGGCCAUGGGCAUGGAGCCCAUUUGCGGCCAAGCCUUCGGCGCCCACAAGUGGAAGCUCAUGGGUCUCACGCUGCAGCGCUCUGUCGUCUUCCUCUCCUGCUCCUGCCUCCCGAUCGCGCUGCUCUGGCUCAACAUGAAUCGCAUCCUCAACUUCUGCGGCCAGGACCCCGCCGUCACCGCCAUGGCUCACAACUACCUCCUCUUCUCGCUGCCCGACCUCCUCAUCCAGGCGCUGCUCAACCCGAUCCGCGUCUACCUCCGCACGCAGAAGAUCACGCUGCCGAUCUCCAUCGCCGCCGCCGUCGCGAUCUGCUUCCACGUCCCGGCCAACCUCUUGCUCGUCUCGCACCUCGGCCUGGGCAUCCGUGGCGUAGCGCUCGCCGCCGUCGCCACCAAUCUCACGCUCGUCCUCGUCCUCUUGCUCUACGUGAUCGCGUCGGGGAUCUACAAGCUCUCCUGGCCGGGGAUCUCCCGCGAUUGCCUGCGCGACUGGAGGCCACUCCUGGCGCUGGCGAUCCCGAGCGCGAUCUCGGUGUGCCUCGAGUGGUGGUGGUAUGAGCUGAUGAUCAUCUUCUCCGGUCUACUGGUCAACGCUAGGGCUGCCGUGGCGACCAUGGGCGUCCUCAUCCAGACGACCGCGCUGGUCUACAUCUUCCCCAGCUCGCUGGGGCUGGCGGUUUCGACACGUGUCGGGAACGAGCUGGGCGCCAACAAUCCACGCGGCGCGAGGACAGCGGCCCACGUGGCGCUCUGCUGCGCUGGCGUGCUGGGGCUCGUGGCGAUGUCUUUCACGGUCGGGAUGCGCCACGUCUGGGGCUCGCUCUUCACCCGCGACGCCGCCAUCUUGAAGCUCGUGGCGGCGGCCAUGCCGGUGGUCGGCAUGUGCGAGAUUGGGAACUGUCCCCAGACCACGGGUUGCGGCGUGCUUCGCGGGAGCGCGAGGCCGACACUGGGGGCCAACAUCAAUCUUGGUUCCUUCUACUUUGUGGGGAUGCCGGUGGCGAUGCUUCUAGGGUUUGCGCUGGAUGUGGGGUUUGUCGGGCUAUGGUUUGGGCUCCUGGCGGCGCAGGGCUCUUGCCUGGUGCUCAUGCUCUUUGCGGUGGGGCGCACGGAUUGGGAGCUCCAGGCGUUUAGGGCGCAGGAGCUCACUGGGAGUAGCAAUUCCUCCACUCCUUCCAGCUCCGGGAAGAUUGGAGCUGCGAAUUCUAUCGACGGGGGUUCCAAGGUGUUCGAGCUGGGGUGUUUGGACUCGGACGAGGACGAGGAGGACAAUGGCAGUGACAGCUGCAUUGACAAUGGCAAAGACGUGCCGCUCAUGGCGAUCAAGGUCUCUCCGGCAACGUGAAGCUCGUCGCCGUGGAUCCAAGGGAGGGGUGUUCCACCUUUUGGCGUGGAAUCUUUUGCUUCUUCACGGUUUUGAUGUCGAUCUGGAGGGAAAUCUAAGAGACGGAUAUUCGGGGCACCGGAGAAACUGAAAGAGCAGUUUUUGUCGGUAAACAGGGGUCAAAGAAACACAAACUUUGUUCUUCUUCCUUUUAAUGUAACUGUUUCCUGUUAUGUUAACCACCUAAUCUUUAGUUUGCCACCUUUUCGAAAA